CGAACGAAAAAGAGAAACGAAGUUACCAGAGCAAUACGUGCGUCGGACACAAUCCACCGUUUCGGAAGAGAGGAUCAGGAAUGCGAAGCGGAGUGCGAUCAACAACGUCGUUGCAAUCGUCGUUGCUAAUGAACAAACAUAAAUUAAUUUACGGCGAUAUUUUGUUGAAAUACGCGACGGAUAUUUGUCAACGACUGUACAAUACAAAUGAAGCAAUGUGAAAAUACAUCAGGUUCCACUAUAUAUUUUUCGGAUUCUACAAAAAAAAACACAAAGGAUUAUCACAAGUUUCAAACUUGAACUCCACAUCAUCUCAACAAGAUGCAAAUGACAACGAUACUUCAUACGAAAUAGAUGAAGAACCAUGCAUCGUUACAAAAGAAAAAAAUCGAAACAAUGUAGUACAUAAUCGACAUGUUAAUAAAAUUAAGGAAGUUGAUCGAUCUAACAUAUAUGCGCGAGAAAAUCGAUAUACAAAUGAGGAAAAAGAAAAUAUAACAAUUUAAAAGAUCAUAGUCUUCACAAGCUGCAAUUAUGGAUCAUUUAAAGAGAUUGACUAGAGAAAUAGCAACUGUAAAAUACGAUAUGAGACAAGCACUAUCUCUAUUGGAUAUUUUAGUGGACAAAAGCAACAGAAGCACAGAAUGUGAAAAUACGAGAUUUUCUUACGAAGGCGCUAAAAGUCGAUUUCCUUUAGAAACUAGAGCCCAAUUAACGGAAAUUGAGGAAAUUUUAAAAACUGCUAAUUCCCAAGAGAACACUGAAAUACGCGCAUAUAUACAAGCAAUUGGUGGAACAGGCGUCGAUGAUGCGGUAAAGAGAACACUUUAUAAAGUAUUCUCAAAUAAAUUGGCGGAAAAUUACAAUUGGGAAAGCCGACGUGGAAAAUAUCCAUUACAAAAUUUAGAGUUAAUGAAAGUUAUUUUCAGAUCCAUACUUCACAAUAUCUCGGAUUCUGAUCGAACAAAAAUACAACGAAGUCAUGGAGUGGUUUAGGCAUUCCAAGGCAAGAUACAAUAAUGAAAAAGCGGACCGUUAG